GACCACACCAACAUGGCAUUCUAUUCAGCGUUUCCAGGCAAUGGAGGCUACAAUCCUCGACCCACGAAUGAGAUAGUGCAAGCAUACCAAUCCCCCUCCUCCUCCUCGCCCAACCAGACACCAAACUCCGUCUACGACCUUCCCCCGCCAAAUGCCUGCGGCCGCGACCUCACGCCAGACUAUACUACUGAAGAUGAAGAGUCGCAGUUUGAGCGAGACACAAAUGCAAAGAUCAUGAAUUUGGUGGACCGCUAUGGCAUACAGAAACCACAGGGCACAAGCGUGUCUUUCCACUACAACAGCCGCGUCGAGGAAAUGCACUUUGGCAGAACACAUCCCAUGAAACCCUGGCGCUUGACUUUGACCAAGCAUCUGGUGUUGGGCUUCGGCUUGCAGUAUACCAUGGACACAUAUGAAUCUCUCCCCGCUGGCAAAGACCAGGUCUGCCAAUUCCACGACGAAGAAUACGUCGAAUUCCUCUCAAAAGUGUCGCCUGAAACGUUUAAGAAGCUGUGCCAGGAACCACGCUUUCAGAGGAAGAUUCCACACCCACACGAAGGCGAUCACGUCGAACUCGGUCCAUAUAACCUGUCUACUAGCCCAGGUGCUGACUGUCCCGUGUUUGAUGGCAUGUCUGAGUAUCUUUUCCUCUACACGGGCGCCACUCUCUGUGCCACCCAGCAGCUAGUUGCCGGCAGUUCUGACAUUGCUAUCAAUUGGUCCGGGGGCCUGCAUCACGCACACAAGAAUGAAGCAUCAGGGUUCUGCUACAUCAAUGACAUUGUUCUUUCCAUUCUUGACUUGCUCCGAAAGCAUCCACGUGUCUUGUAUAUUGACAUUGACGUCCACCAUGGAGAUGGCGUCGAAGAAGCAUUUGCAAGACAGCCGCGCGUCAUGACACUUUCAUACCACCGUUACGGUCCAUAUGACGACACUGGCCACAAGUUCUUCCCAGGCACAGGUGAUCUCACAGACAUAGGCACAAGAGGCACGCCCGGCGAAAGAUUUGCCAUGAACGUGCCUAUUCCGUCUGGGAUCGAUGAUCGUCAAUAUGCCCUCCUCUUCAACUCCAUCACACGCUCUACCAUUGAAGCUUUCAAUCCAUCCGCCAUCGUCCUGCAAUGCGGCGCUGACAGCCUCGGAGGCGAUCGCCUUGGUCAAUUCAAUAUCAACAUCAAGCAGCAUGGCGAAUGCGUCCGCUUCGUCAAGUCUUUCAACAAACCGCUUCUCUUACUUGGGGGAGGUGGUUACACUGCACGCAACGUCGCUCGUGCUUGGACACAUGAAACUGCUAUCUGCACUUCCAAUACUCUUCCUGAUCAGAUCCCCAUGGAUCUUAUACCACGACCUCAGGCUUUCAAAGGCCGACCUCAUGGUGACGGCAAGAUGUAUCCAAGCUUCGACCGACUGCACAAGAACGAGUGUAGAGACUCAGACCUGGAGUACCAGAUCAAGUUUUGCCAAGAUAAUUUGAAAUAUGUCGCGAGGAGCCCUUGGGUCAAGAUGGAGCAGUAUCCAACAAACUCCAGGAUGGAUGAGAUCAUGGAGCAGAAGGACCUGGAGUUGAGUGCGAAGAAGAGGAAGACAUUGGAGAGGAACCCUGCGGGGAGAGGGGAAUACUAGGUGGCCGUAGCAUUGAGGUUAAAAAGGCGCUAUAGGAUAUACCCCCUGGCGAUGAUUGUUUCUUUCUGUAGAUGAACAAUGCUUAAUACUGC